AUGGCUACCGAAAAACUACAGACGUACUCGCAGAAGCCCCGCGUAUUCAUCUUGUCCGACAUCUCGAAUGAACCGGAUGAUGCCGAGUCGCUGUGUCGAUACCUGUUGUAUUCCAAUGAAUUCGAGACGGAGGGACUCGUAGCUUGCACAAGCACCUGGAUGAAGAACAAAGUGCACCCGGAAGACAUGGGGAAGAUUAUCAACGCAUAUGCCGAUGCUGUCGACAACUUGAACAAGCAUGUGCACCCGAACUGGCAGUAUCCAACGGCACAACAUAUGCGUGGGUUGAUUCGCAAGGGCGCCGAGCCAUUGUGGAUUCUUUGCUGGGGCGGAACAAACACACUCGCCUCGGCACUGCUCAAAGUAGACGACGACUUCGAACCUGAAGACUCCAAGCGCUUACUCUCACGUCUACGCGUCUAUGCCAUUUCCGAUCAAGAUGAUACGGGUGCGUGGAUUCGCAACAACUUCCCCGAUGUAUUUUACAUUGCUUCCAUCCACGGCUGGAAUCAAUAUGGUUUGGCAGCAUGGACCGGCAUUUCCGGCGACAAGUACUACGGCUUCGAUGAAGGUGGGCCAAAUUUCACCAAGAUGGAGAAGAGUUGGAUCAAGGAGAACAUCCAAAUCGGGCCACUCGGAAAGGCGUACCCUGACUAUCUCUACAUCCCGGAAGGAGAUACCCCGACAUUCCUCUACCUCAUCCAAAAUGGUCUGGGCGUACCUGACUGCCCCAACUACGGGUCUUGGGGUGGCCGAUACGGACGGACUGAUAUCAGCACCGAAGGCCUCAAUAGCAAUCACUACAGUGAUGUAGUGGAUCGAGUCAAAGUUGGCGACAGGACGUACACAUCCAAUCAUGCGACCAUCUGGCGCUGGCGCGACGCUUUCCAAAACGACUUUGCCGCGCGCAUCAAGUGGAGCAUGGAGCCUGAUUUCGCAAAAGCAAACCACCACCCAGUCAUCAAUAUCAGCGGUUUCAAAGGCUUAGCGCCUGUCCAAAUCACCGCUGAGGCUGGAUCAAAAGUCACCCUCGACGCGUCCGCUACAUACGACCCGGAUGGCGGAAAACUCGCAUUUAAGUGGUGGCAUUAUCGGGAACCCACAGCGACGCAAUGGUUGGUUUACAGCGAGGUUGCGCAACUUGUGAUCAAGAAGCUGGACGAUGAGGGCAGGAAGGUCGAGGUCAGGCUUCCACCUCCGGAAAAAUGCGCGGUCGAUUUUUUGAGCAAGAAGCCGGUUGCUCAAGGUCAAUUACUUCAUCUGAUACUUGAGGUCACGGAUGAUGGCACCCCGGCUCUGACAAGCUACCGGAGAGUGCUGAUUCAGGCGACAAACAAGGAGUUGAAGGGAGGUGCAAAGAGUACUGGUUCUAUUGGCGACGCGAUGAAGAAAGCGUAG